AUGCAGCGAGACAAUCGCUCUCGGGACCCCGAGGGAUCUCGCCGCCGGUGGUACGAGUCUCGCGACCGCGAUCCGAGAGAUCAGCGAGAUUCGCGUCAGCAAUCAUCGCAGCCAUCGCAACAACAAUCACAACAAACCCAACAACCCAUCCCGCAAAUGUAUCAACAACACUCUCAGCAACGAGCAUAUGACCCUCAACGUUAUGAACAGUCCCCUAUGUAUCAACAGUCACCGCAGUAUUCGCAAUUUCCACCACCUCCCCAGCAAUAUCAACAAUCGCAACGCUACUCCAGCGCGCCGCCUCAGCCGGUGCCGGGAUAUAAUAACCCUUAUCAACAACCACAGAAUAAUUCACAACGACCUCAGACACCUUCAAGUGUUUUUUCGUCCGCAAGUGACACAUCGACAUCACUACUAGAUAUCUCGCGAUACAAGGACACGAAACAGUUUGGUGGUGUUUUUGGCACAUUUUUUAAGGCGCCUUCGGACCGGGUCAAACAGCGUCUCCACAGAAAGAAGAAACAGAAGCGUCGCGUGCUUUACUUUGGCAACUCAUCAUCAUCUUCUGUGAACUCUGACCUAGCCUACGGACAGGGAUACGUCCGGCAACCAAAAAGCCGUACACUGAGCCCCCGAAGCCAAAGCCGUGCCUCUGGCCAAGGCUAUGCCUUUUCUCCAGGUCAUGGACCGAGUCAAGAACAUCGGCGGCGCAGUUCAGGGGGCUCUGAUCGUGCAUCGCGACCCACGCCUCGGAAGAAGACCGCCGAUGAAGAGAUAAUGGCCCUUGGCCAGCAACUCUCUGACUUAGCGCGGCGGUCCAAGGAAGACGAGCAACGCCUAUCCAGCCGAGGAUCAGGUAAGGGUAAGGCGGCUGCUCUGGGACUUGCAGCCGGCGCCGCUAUGGCAUCUAGUUAUGGCCGGCAGAAACACGGCUCACGGGGGUUGGGUAGCUCAAAGCAACGCGUCGACACUUCGGAUGAUGACUCAGACUGGGAGGAUGCCUCUGACAAUGAGUCGUCUAGUAGUGAUGACGCUGGCUCAGCCGCUGACUCAGAACUUGCAUAUGGCAUAGUCGGCGAAUCUAUCAAGCCCGCAGCCGGUGCCGCAGCGGCUGCAGGAACCGCAGUAGCCACAACCGCUAUGGCUAGCUCUAGAAAGCCCUCAGGUCAAAGCCUGGUGUUUGACCCUCGGCGAUAUGGAGACCGGGGUUCUAUCGUUGACCCUCGCCUCUUUGGCCCCUACAACUCUCUUCGAGGCUCAAUUAAUACUCCAUGUGGCUUCCAGGAUGAAGAACAGGCUGCUGCAUACCGUCGUGAUUCUGCUAGCCUAGAAACUGGUGGACCAAUUCAGAUGCGAGAUGUGUAUCCCGUCCGCAUCUCUGAUCCCUACCGAUUCGACAGAGGCCAGUUCCCAACGUCCGAUAAGCGCCAGGACUCGUCGACUCGACCCGCACCGGUUCCCCUGCAACAGCCAGUUCCCAAGCAGGCGGUUUCAUCAAAAGUUUAUAAUGCCGAAAAAUUUGAUGACAUAAACCGCAGGGAACCCCGGCAGCGCAAAUCCGAGCAGCCCGAUGGAAAGAGCUGGGCAGGAGUUGCUACGACAGGUCUCGCAGCAGUAGCGGUCGGUACGGCUGUGGCAUCUUCAGCAUCCUCGCGAAAGGACAAUUCUGAGAAUCGUGAUGGGAGGAAGCAUGAUCGUGCUGACCGAGACCGCCGUGAGCAAAAGCGCAUCGACCUAGAGCGCCAGAAAGCCCUAGAAGCAGAGGAGCAGAAACUCAAAGAGCUAGAGCAUCAAAAGGCCCAAGAGCUGGAACGGCAAAAAGUCCAAGAUUCAGAACGUCAGAGGCUCGACCUGGAACAACGCCUAGCCCACCAUACCCAGCGACAUGAAACAUUGGAGGACGAGCGUGAACGAAAUGUGAAAUGGGAGCGUGACUACCGUGGAUCGGAUCCCGAGCCUAUCUUUCCCAAGUAUAAUGACGAGCGAAAAUCUUCACGACGAUAUGAUCAUGAUGAUACCCCCACGGAUAGGAUGGAGAAGAAGAAUGUUGGUGUUGUAGAUGUGCCUCAAAGGGAUCAGGGCGGAGUUGAAGCAUUCCUCAUUGAGUCGGGGCCGGAUUUUAAAGUGUUGCGUGAACCUGUUGUCCAAGCUGACAACAGCGAGCGUGAUGCGACUCAAGAUGGCCGUGACCUUCCUCUACCUGUCGGUGCUGGCCAUCGCCCUCCAAGCGACUCAACUCAACCUGUGCAUGAGACCAUUGAUCCCUUCCAGUACCAAGUUGCGGACGAUGCGUUUACUGUGUCUCAAAGAACAACACCUGGGCGCCCCCUUACACCUAAUGUUGUCACCAUUGAGCGCGAGCCUAAUUUUGACGACUCGCCGCCAAGUUCUUCAGCAGUCGACGCUCGGUUAAGCCGACGAGACUCGUUUGAGAUUGAGCGUAUGGUUGACGAGUACCGUCGGGAGACUCACGAUCCACCACAACGUCGCGAUACUCAAGCCAGUCAUGAGUUCGCAGAGGACGAGCGAAAGGCCAGAUCUAUUCUUGAUGAGGCCAAACAUGCCACAAUUCCUGUUGCAGCUGCCGCAAUAGCAUCCGCCGUUGCAGUCGAACUUGAGCGGUCUCAAGAGCAUGGACAACAUCACUAUCCAAACAAUAGGUCUCAAGAUAGCUCAAGAGGUCGUAAAGAUACUGUGCAGGAGGAGGCUGACAGGUUCUAUCGUGAGGCCUGCAUCGCCCGAAAAAUUGCUUCCGACGAACUUCGAUCUCGAAGUGCAUCCCCUGAGCGAUCUGUCGUCGACAAGUGGCAAGAAGAUAAGAAUGAUCCAUUCACAAUUGUCACACCGCCGAUCAUGGAGGACAAGCACCCGGAUAACAACAUUUUUGAUGGACCAGAUGCAGAUGUGAAGAUUGAUAACAAGAUAUACCCCCGAGAAGAACGCCAUUUCCGAAACCUGAGUGACAAUUCUUCUGCUCUUGUCCUGAGGUCAAGAGAUCCUUCACGAGAGCGUCCCGUCCUCAAUCUGAUAUAUCCUACUCCUGCCACAAGUCGCCAACACACGCCAGCUCCUCAAGCACAAGGUGUAAGGCAGGCGGAUGAUGAGGAACCCACACAUGACGAUGUCAGCAUUGGACCUAAGGGUGAGAUCAUCUCUGCUAGCGAACUCGUGUCUGUUCCCAAAUCUGUCAGCUGGGGUGAGAACGAGACGAAGAGCUUUGAAGUAGACACACCAGAGAACCGAAGUGAUUCCGACAAUUACUUCCCUACUGAUAAAUCGACCGACAAGCCUAGGCCGAAGCUAAACAAGGCCAGUCGCUGGGGUAUUCUUGCCGCGGCACUGGCUGGUAGCAGUGCCGAGCCACACAGCGAACCUGAUUUCGUAGUGUCAUCCAAAACCUCAGAUAUCCCUAGAAGCUUUCCGGAUGAAGCAAGCAAGGAUGUCCCUGUUCACCGGGUUGAAGACGUUUUCGGUGACGACACGAUGCACGAACCUCCCAUCCCUGGACCUAAACCUCCAAGCCCACAUCCUCAACAGAUGCCUGGCGGCUUUACAGACGACUUUGAGUUUGCUGCUACUCUUGCUGCGGGCCUGAAGGAUACUGGCUUCAACCCCGACAUUGUCAUUGAUGACCCCUCUUACAGUCGGCGUGAUUCUCCCCCAGGUGUCCAAGAGGCAAACGGUGAUUCUCAUGGCAGCACAAAUGGCAAUUCCUGGUACAAGCGACCUUCCGCUGAGGCUAUUCCCGAGCCCAGAAAUGAUAACAUCCCAAAACUUCUCCCCGAACAAGGGUUUGUUCUCGGAGAAGUUGAGACCCCUCAGGAAACGCCUUUCAUUCGUCAUGAAGGCGAACGCGGCAUCAAGCCCGAGUCGCUAAAACCCGAAGACGUGCCACUUCCUCAAGACAGCUCUGAAACUUCGAAGUCGAGCAAGCGAGAAUCACGCAAGCGAGACAAGUCCAAUGUUGUCGUUGUUCAGAAUGAUGGAAAGAUUGAGAGCAUCAAAGCGGAGCCGUCACCUUCAAGGGAAGUCGUUGAAGAGGUAUGGGAAGAUACCACGCGCAAGAGAGGGAAGAAGGAUCGUAAGGGUCGCGAUUCCGAUGAUAUGAGCCCAAGUAUUUCUUCUACCAAUCACUACGCAAGUGACGCACCAGUCAGAGACACCAGAUCUGAGCAUGAAUCUGAACCAAGGAAUAACCUUUCAGAAUACGAUCGCAUCCAGAGCUUCAACGCCGCGGAUAUCGCCAAGGUGGCUGUGCCAGCUCUCGCCUUGGGUGCGCUUGCGUCCUCAAGUUCAAGAAAAACACCCAUCCAUGACGUUCGCUCUGAAGACGAGCAAGACGCUCCCGGGAAGUCGCACAUGCCUUGGAAUCACGACGAUUACUACUAUGGUGACGACAGAUCUCGCGUCUCCGCCCCUGUGAAGCCUUCGCACCAUCGCCAUUCAUCUCGAGACAUGUCGUCCCGAGACGUUCGUUCAGACGAUGAGCGAGAAGAUCACAGGCGUUCAAGCAAACACAGGAAGGACCGCGAUGCUCGCGACGAUACCAGACAUCGAGAUUCCUCUACACUGGACCCCACUGAUCGACGAAGGCCUGAUGACGAUGAGCGGCCAAAAAGAUCGAAGCGCCACACCUACAGCAAUGACUCCCCAACUCGGUCAUUAGCUGCCUCCGAAAUCUCUGUUGGUAGUUCAAGCAGCAAGAGAAGCAAGAGGUCGAAACGAAGGAGUGGAGCCGAUGAGGAUUUCGACGAUAGCACAGAGAGCCCAUCGGAUCGAAGACGUGACUUCUUCGACGACCGAGAUGUUAGCUCUGUUGUAUCUGAGUCACGUGGAGAUGACCGUCGGCGCGAGAGUGGACAUAGACGCAAGUCUUCGCGUUACGAUGAUGAUGAUGACGCGAAAUCAGUUGCAUCCAUGCCUGGCUCAUCUCGCCGGGACAAGGAGUACAAAGAACGCAGAACCCCGGAGAAGCGACCAAGCAACAGUGUUCUUUCUAGCCUCUUCAAAUCACGCAAGGAUAAGAAGGAUUCUUUUUUAGAUAAUGCCGGCACCCUUGGCGCGGGUGUCGGCUUAGCGAGUGCAGCGGCCAUUGUUGCGUCUGAUGCUGCUCGUUCCAACGCCGCUGAGACCUCAUCGGAUCACGAGAAUUCUGUCUCUCGUGAUGGCCGGCCUCGUGCGCGCAGCUUCGAACUGGUUGACCCCGAAGUCGUGCCCCGCGUUAUCAAACCAGCCAUUGACCCUCAAUAUGGCGACCUCCUUCCUCUACCUCCCAGCGAACCAACUAGCCCUUCUUCUGGUCCGGAGGAACUACCCCCUCUUCCCGACAGCAGGCCUGACACACCCCCAGAGGAGCGUAUCAUUCGGCGAGAUUCACGUACCCAUCAGCGACGUCGUAGCGUUUUUGACACGCCCACAAAAUCACCCAGCCGAACUGCUGUUCCUAUCGCCCUUCGUUUGGGCAAUAGGUCAAACCCCGCCUCUCCUGUUAGCUUCAAGGCGUCCCCUGCCAGUUCCCCUGUAACAUCUCAUUCGGAUGCCGUGGUCAUGUCAAGGCGAGCAGCUCGGCCAACAUCCUGGGACAACAGUCGGGAAAUCAUGCCCCUGUAUCUUCUUGAACACUCACGACACCAACAACCAACUACUGGCUCAGUGCUGCCUGCGCUCCCACCGAGUGAACCUAGCGAGACUUCUGCAAGGAACUCACCUGAAUCCGAGUUCCUCAAACAUAGUGACGAUUAUUUCGGCUCUGGUCUUGAUAUUACCGGCCCUGAUCUUCGUGUUGAUACUGAGCUAUCGGAGCAGCAUCCUAAGGACUCUGUCGCAGGAUCUCAGGAAACAACGCCUCGCGCGGAGUUUAUGCCUAUGCUCCCGGGCCCUCUCUCCCCUGGCAGUGCCAGAGAGCAUGAAAAGGAACCGACGACCUAUCUCCCGAUGUCUGCGGAAGUCACCAGCAAGGAAACGGAAACCGGUGUCUCUGCUGCACCGUUGCCCUUUGAGGCUUCUGCUAUAGCUGUUCCUACAGCCUUAGCUUCUCAUAGUCUCUUGGAAGGCCAGCAACGAACUCACUUACCUGCAGACAAACCAGAUGACCUUACUUCUGCUGAUGAACAUCUCUUGGACGCUCUUGGGGGUCGCACAGAGCAAAAGUCACCAGGAGAAGCUGUUUUCGAGUCUGUCGCUGAGCCUGCCGCUAAGCCCGCUGCUGAGCCCGCUGUUGAGCCCGCUGUUGAGCCUAUCAAUGAAGCCACGAGUGAGAUUGCGCCUAGUUAUUCUACAACUUCCGCCGAGGUUGCUACAUUCAAGCAGCCUGUAACUCCCGAAAAAGAUGAAACCGCUGGUGCGAAUGCCGAAGUCCUCGAGCCUAUUCUAGCAGACUUUUUGGUAGAGGAUAGCACUGGAGGACUCGCAGUUGGGUCCGCAGUUGAGGAUGUCACAGCCCUGUCUCCAGAACUUUCGACACAAGCAAUUGAGGAAGCCGGCCCUGAGAUAACUGAGCCUUUCAAUGGCCAGAACGGCAAAACUGCUAUCGACCCUACUGAUGAAAGCACUGAAAUCACCAGAGCGCCGGACAGCACAUUUGUCCCGGAUUCCAUUGUUGAAGCAGUUUCAGUAAGUGAUUCCACUACAAAGUCCACCGCCCAGCCUAUGGAAGAAAAGGAAACUAGUGAUGCUCCUCGCCACAUCAAUACCGGGACAACCAACCGUAUUGCCGAGCCUCAAUCAAUAUCAGCUGUUGUUAUCCAUACGGACCCUGCUACUCAAGACUCGCAAACACCGUUCGUCGAGCCUGGGGACGCCGUUGCCCAGCGUCCAGAAAAUGAGAUUACCACCGAUGAGUGGUCAACCAUGAACGCAAAGGAUAGGAAAAACAUAAAGAAGAAGCUUAAGAAGAAGGGCCUUGAGCUCAUCGUUCAAGACUCAUUCAACGUUCCUGUCCCCGCUGCUAGCCAGGAUGACAAUGCCGUCCUAGGCGACGAGGGUGUCGUAGUGAAUGAAGCUUCUGAAACAAAACCGGCUAUGGUUGAACUCGAACCCACCCAAUCUACACCUCAAUCCUCUCAGGAUCCUUCUACCGUCCCUUUCGCCACUGAAACCGCGAAGCUCCAAGAGCUUGAGGUCUCACAUGAGGAAAAGCAUAAGAUCGCACAGUCUGAAGAGGCUCAGGAAGUCGUUGAGCAAAAUAAGCCAGUUGAUUCGAACUUAUUGGCGGACCGGGAAGCGGAAGAGUCCUCAAGAGGGCUCGAUAACGCCACCGAAUCUGUGGUACCACUAAUAGAGCCUGAGCCCGUAAUCGAAUCUUCUGCCAAUGCUCAAACUACCGCGGAAUCGACCUCCAUCACUGCUUCACCUAUCGCAGAAACAGCCCUUGAAGAGCAACUGGUGUCUGCAUCCGAGAGCAAGAAGAAAAAGAAGGAGAGCAAGAUGCAGCAGCCAUUUGAAGAGGAAGCAAUUUCUGUAGAGCCAACAGUCACCGAGGUUGAAGGCACAGGUCUAGCUGAAAUUCCUGAAGCUGAAAAAGAUGCGUUUGAUGCUUGGACGGAGCCAGUCGCGCCUAUUGAACACUCUGCUGAAUCAUUUGAAAAAGUUGCCCAUGGUGACUCAGGUUCUAUGGCGGAACCACUUCCAGAGGUCACUGUUGAGCCUGUCGAUGCAGAUGCAUUCGAUGCCUGGGCCCAACCAGAUACCAAGGCUCAAAGUGUAGAUGCUCUAGAGAAGACACCGGAUAAAUCUACAGAAACCUUCAACCCGGCUUCCGAAUCGCCCAUAGUAUUAACACAGGAUGACAGCGCCGCUACGCCCAAGUCAAAGAAGAAGAAAAAGAAGAAGAAGGGCGCCAGAGCCGAUGAUGAGCUAGUGGCAGAGAAACAAGAGAUACCUCAAAUAGAGGAGCCUCUUCAAGCUGAGUACGCUGGGCGCAAUGAAGCGGUUGAGGGUAUCAACAGAAGCUCGAUGGAAGAGCCGCCAGUUGUGGUAGCUGAGCCCACCGAUGUUACUCAAGACAACGAGGCCUCGGACACACAGCUUGUUUUGUCAUCAAAGGAUACUGAUCAAGUUCCCGAUCGUGGAAAGACUUCUCCGGUUGAGGCUCCCGAGGCUGAUGACCCUGAGUCCAAAGAUGAUGUCGACUAUCAUGCGACCGCUCGUGAUUCCCAGACUUCCGCCAAAGAUGCACGGAAAGACAGACAAAGUCAAGGAUACUUCCCAUCAGCUCUUCGGGCACUCCCCUCUACGGCUGGAAUUUCCGCUUUCAAGAGGAUGUGGGGAUUCCGGGACCAAGCGCAGACACAAAAUAAAUCGAGUGAACCUGAACCUGAUGCUCAGACCCAGCCUGUUGCAGUAAGUGCUGAUGAGUCAGCGACAACAGGCACCAGGUCUGAUAUUAUUACACCGAAACUUGAUCAUGACGCUCCCAGAGAUAAAAAGACUACUAGCUUAAGAGCUGGAAACCCAGAAGUUGCCGAUGUUGAGCCAGACCUUUCCGUUGCUGAUACCGCUCCCGAUACGCAUGCCAACAAAGCGGGUCGCACCAUAUUAUUGGAGCCCCAGAUUUCUGAACCACUCUUCUCGCAAGGAGAUGCGCCGGCAGACGAGUCUCAAGGAACUUCUUAUGGACUGGAUUCUUCCCAAGUUGACGAAUCAGUCAAGGCUACAGGGGAUGCUAACCGUGACAUCCUUGCCGAGGAUGAAGUGACUACCACCACGGACAGACAACUCACCGAGACAGUCCCGAUCUCAGCUGUUGAGGAGGACUCCGCCGAAACGUUACAAGAUAAUGUCAUAGGUCAUCCGGCAACAAACGUGGUGGAGGCAACCGCUUCUACUGAAAUCAAGUCUGACGAAAUCAAACAAGAGGAUUCCUCGACGAUAACUAUGGCUGAUAAUGUUAAGCCCCCAGUACAUGAAUCUACUGAGGCUACGUACAAGCAUUCAACAAUAGCAGAUCAGGCUGAUCUUGGUCAGCUUAUCAAAGAAGAGCCUAUUGUUCCAGUCGAGGAUGAGGAUGUGAGGCUUGUGGAAGCAGGCUCAGAAUUGAGCACAAAGCCCGUUGAAGCCAGCACUGAAGAAGUGAUCAAAGAAGAUGUCAGCAAGACAACUGGCGGAGAGAGUGUGAAGUCGAGUGUGGAAGCAAUUGGCGAAACAACCGAGGCUGACGCAACGGCAUUGAAGAAGAAGGCCAAGAAAAACAAGAAGAAAAAGAAGAACCAACCUAGCCAGGAUGAGGCUCCCGAGAAAGAGACAAAAGACACUAAUACGCACGUUGAAAUCAGCCAGGAUGUAUCAGGUGCCGAAACAGCAGUAGUGUCUGCCAGAAAGAAUCUUGAUAUUCUGGUGCCAGAUCCCAUGGCUGAAUCUUCUGACUCUAUUGUUGAAAAUGCUUUCCCCGACCAGAAGCCUGAUGAUGAGUCGACACAUGGCGUACUGGACGAAUCAGGAGUUAAGGACCAACCACAGCUUGACGAUAGGCCAGCUGAGAACCAAUCGCAACAGCAAUCAUCCUUGGAUACUGCUUCAGUGGGACCGCAGACCAGCGAGCGGUUGCAGACUAGUGAUCAGUUGUCUAAGCAUGGGCCCAAGGAAAGGCUGCCAAGUGACGCUGAGCCGGCUGAACCUGGAAUCGAAGAACGAUCACAGAUUGUUGACCACUCAGCCGAGCAUCACGUUCCAGAUCAAUCUGGGAUCGAAAAAGAGCCAGUUGAGCCUAAAGUCGAAGGAAUGGCGCACAUCAGUGAUGAACCAACUAAAUCCGAGCUGAAAGAACAGCUCCAAGCCGAUGGCCAGCUAUCUCAGCCUGAAGCUGAAGAACAGCCCCAAAUCGGUGAUGAAUCGUCCGAAGUUGUCUUCAAGGAACGAUCGCAGACCGAUCUCCCAAUAGGGCCCGAUACCGAAGAACAGACACCCGCAUUUGGCAACUCAACUGUUCUUGGGAUCAGGGAUGAACCACAAACAGCAGACGUGUCAGCUGGGCCCGAAACAAGAAGCGAAACACAGAGUGAGAAGCCAGUGAAUGAACAUUCACUAGAUGAGCUACCACUAGCUACAGAUGAUGCUUCCCUUCAACUUCCUCUUGAGGAAGCCCUGCCUCCAAGGAGACCAGAUGCUCAUCCUCUGGGAGUGGAAGCUGCCAAGGAAGAACCCUCUCUCGCAGUUGGGAACUUGGAGGCGGAGAGCGAGAAGGCAGAGAUCGAAGCUCUCCUCGAGAAGAGAGUGAGGAGGAAAGGGCGACUUUUGAAGAAGGAUCAAGUACGUCUUGCUGCUCUUGAAGAGAGUGCCGCUCAAAGGUUAGCGGCAUCAGUCGUCCCUGAAGUCCGAGAGCCAGUUUCCGAGAAACCGGUGGACAUCAGCAAUACUGAAGGUUUCCAACAAGAGUCUGAAACAAUCGACACAUCAAAGAAGGCUGAGGGCACUCUGGAUGAUGAUAAACAACAUUCAAGUGAGGAAGUGCCUACCACCACGCCUCCUGAUGUCGUUGAAGUCCGUGCCAGCGAAGUUUCGACUGAAAGCGAGGCUCGAGAUUUUGGACAACCGACCGAGACCACCGAGGCGGCAAUGGCCCUGCCGGCCGUAGAAGGGACCGAGGAAAACAUUGAUGUUAUUGACACGGCUGUGACUACUGAGCCUCAAGAUGCUAUAGAAGCUCCUGAAGGCAACACUUCAGAGCUGGCGAGCACUAAGAAGUCAAAGAAAAAGAAGAAGAAGAAAUCAAUAUCUGUUGUUGAGAACGAGGAAGGUCAAGGUGCAGCAACACAGAACAGCGAACCGCCUGUCAUAGCAUCCGAGCCCUUGCGCCUCGAUGAAUCUACAGCCAGCCUCAACGAAGUACAGGUUGCUGAGCUAGUUGCCCAGGAGGUGUCGAAUGAAGUGCGAUCAGAGGAUGCCGAACAGCCUGACAUACCUCCUGUGAAUCACCCCUUGGAGCUUGCAAAUGAGAGUACGGCCAUUGAGGGCGACCCUGAAGCAAAUUCGGCUGCUAUUGUGGAAGAGGCCGAGCUAGAGACACCACCCGAUAAGAAGAGCAAGAAAAAGAAGAAAAAGAAGAAGACUGCUUCUUCUGACGAGCCGGAGAAGCAGACUGAAGCCGAAACCACACUCCAAGAACCUCCCGAGUCAACUUCCAAAGACUUGAUCUCUGAUACAGCCAAGGACUCCGCUUCGCAAGAAGCAAAGUCCGACGUUGCCCAGACUGCAGAAUCAAGUGGUAUUGAACUUACAGAAACGCCUGUCCAUCAAGAUGAGCCGUCGCCUCCCAUGGAGUCGGAAGUGAUAAACACUGUCGAGACUACCCCAAUAGAUGAAGAGCAGACACAGCCAGCUGAUGCCAAGACCACCGUAGAAACCCCUUCUGUCCAGGAACCAACACCAGCCACCGACAAACCUGAUAUUGUAGCACCCGAUGAGCCUCCCUCCGAAAGUCCUCCCGAAGUCGAGGAACCCGAUUCACCGGCGAAACUGUCAAAGAAGGACAAGAAGAAGAAGAAAAAGGCCGAAAAGAGGAAAGCUGCUCUUGAAGAAACCCAGGAAACUGAAGCUGAGGCUGGCCUUGCUACCUCUUCUCAGGAUGCUAGCGUUUCGGUCGAUACUGGAAUCAAUGUCCCAGCCGAAAAUCCUCAAGCCGCGCACGAUGAGACCCCUAAGCAGACCGAUGAAAACGAGACACUUGACAGAGCCGUUCCUUUGGAGGAUAAAAUGACUCCUCCAGUCGACCAUAUCAAUGUACCAGAUACCGGUAAUUCUGGAGAGCUUCCAAGCGAAGAACCAGCUGGUCCUGAAGACGAGCGGGGUGGGUUAAGCCUCAGUCAAUCCCAGACCGACCGAAAGAAGAAGGCUAAAGACAACGAUUUUGAAAUCCUGCAGGACCCCGAGACCAACCGUCCAACGGAGCCGGAGAUGAUUCCGGAUCCGGAAAAGCAGGACGCCGCCGCCGCCGCCGUGGAUAAGGCACAGAGCCAAGGAUCUACGGAGGGUGCAAAACGGGAGGAGGAUACGAGCAUAGCUGGCGAUCUUGACGCCUAUUUCGGGUCUGGGACGAAGCUGGAGCCAGAAUCGGAACCGGGACAGGAACUAGGAGACAAUAAGGAAUUUGCAGGCUUGUCAAAAAAACAGAUCAAGAAGUUGAAGAAAGUCAAGGCUCUGGCUGCCUUGGAUUCCUCGCCCAAAACACAGACGCCCAAGGAAACCGGUGCCUCUUCAGAGGCACUAUCGGAACCAUCGGCUGAAACUGGAUUGGAAUCUGAACUAAAGCCCCAGGUUCAAUCUGAACCUGUUGCUCCAAGCUCUACCGAGGCAGAUCCAGAGCCUGACUUUAAGAAUGAGAAAGAAGGACUCCCGGAGAUCGAGGAGAUUGUACCUAUAAUUGAGCCCGUCAUUGAAGCUGAAUCUGAGUCCAAAAAUGAGACUCAAUCUCUGGACAACACCAAUAUUCACUCUCCGACUGGACAAGCCAUUGCCAAGCCUGAAGCUGAUGCCGCCAUUCAGGGAUCCCAACUUGAAUCUGAGCAGACAGCCCCUGGACAAGAUGCCAUUGUUCCUGUGCCGGAGGUUGAUCCUGAGGAUCAAGUCGCUAAUCUUGGUAAAGGCCCAAUUACUAACAGUGCAAUGGAGCAGAAGAGCGUGGUGGGAAUCGAUGCCUCAUUAGGUUCUUGGGUUGGGCCGAGACAGACACUCAAAGAUUGUGUUGAUACGAUUGAGGUCUGUGGUUCAAAAUUUGAGGCGGGAAAAAAGGCCGAUGUCGCAACCAAGCCGAAUUUCACGGCAAAGCUCAUCCAAGAUCCUCCGCCCUCUUUCGAAAUGAAGAAUGAUACGACAGACAGCACACGUGUCAGCCUAUCUGAGGAAGCUGCUGCUUCCACGGUGCUCGAAUCUCCUUCGUCAAAUGAGCAUGUAUUGACAGACGCGCCUGUCGGAUCUGAGGAUGAAAUUGCACCAGGACAAGCGACUGAUAAUAAUAUCCAGUCUAUACAACAGCUUCCUGGAGCUUCUGCAAACUCCUAUUCGGACCUCGAUUCCGUCGGCGAAAACACUGAUGCUCUAUAUGGUCUCAAAGAAGGCGAAGCAGAUCAUACCCGGGAACUCGGUGUCACAAACACAGCUGCUUCUGCUACCGUUGCCUCUGAUAUCUUCACGUCCUUACCACAGCAGAUUGCAACGAAGGCAGCUGAACAACCCCCCCUGGACAUAGAGUCUUUCGAGGAUCGCCCGCCACCGCCGGACACCACUGAACAAGCGUCUGAGUGUCUGGAAAAUCCUGACAUUCCCGCCCGGCCCAAGUGGCCAAACUCAACCUCUCAACAGGCUCAUGAACAGUCGCAAACUCCACCUAUCUCGCUCACCGUUCAAGCGAUUACUGAUGCAUCCAGUUCAGAGAUAGCACCUACAGCUACUUCUGUUUUUUUAGAGAAUUCAGCAGACCCUGAUCAUGGCAUGACUGAGGCCCCCGAAAGUUUGUCCGCAGCGGAGAAAAAGAUGUCGAAGAAAAAGAAAAAGAACAAGAACAAGAACAAGCAGGAGGCCCUCCAUGAAGAUGUCGAUCAGGUGGAGGAGCCAAGCAAACCCGCAGAUGUCGAUAUCGCUCCAAACCUCGAAGUCGUUCAUGAAUUGAUAACACCUGGGAAUCCCCCGGCAGACUUGGUAAUUAGUGCUGCAUCCACGUCCGACCCAAGGGCAGGCUUGGGAGUAUCUGAUCACCCUGUGUCUGUCGCAGAUUUCCAAUCAACGAUCCCUCUUCAGAUUGCUGCCGACAUAGAAAAUGAGGAACAAGAUCAAUUUACGAAGGAGAGCACCACAAAAGCCUCUUCCGAAUCUCAUCAGGAAGAUCCUUCUUCUGAACCAUCUCAUGAGCUUGCCAUUUCUCAUCGUGCACUCAAAGCAAUGGACGGUGUAGGCGUCCAAGAUUCCGAACUCAAUGAGGCCGAUGAGAACCAAGUGGCCGAGGGUCUUGCGACGGCGCAUCCACGGUCUCGACCAAUACCAGCGUCGAUUUCGCCUGAUUCUCCAAACCAGGUGAUGGACAUCACAGGCGAUGAACAUCUUCGUUCCUCAGGCGUUCAGCAAGCUGAGAAUGAGUUUACCGUCGAGGAGUGGGAGGCCUUUUCUUCCAAGGACAGGAAGAAGAUGAAAAAGAAGCUUAGAAAGAUAGGUCUCGACCCAAUCAUUCAGUCUUCUUUCGAACCGACUCAUUCAACUGGCAAACCUCUGCCCGAACCUGCUUCCGAAACUAGCCCUCCUAUAUCUCAAUUCGGACCAGUCAGUGGCAGUAGUGGAGCACAACUUGCGGAAGACCCGGAGGCGUCAAGGACAUCUGCCAGUAAAGAACAUACUGGGAAGAAAACGACCUUCGAGGUUCGCAAUGAUGGCAUCCACGAGGGCAUUCUCGCAGACGCAGUACUUGCACCUGAGACGCGAUCAAUCCGCGAGACUGAAUCAGAUCAACAUAAGCCGCUGAAUGACGAUACUGGACCUUCUCCUCUACAGGAAACUAAGAGGGAACCGAGCAACGACACAAAGACGGACGAUGAAAUUCAUACUUUGACCAAGACACCAACUAUAGCAGAGACACCCGUAUUUUCUGGAAAAGAUCAACCGGAAGACGUUCAUGGUUCUCUACUGCCUGAGAUUGCAAACAAACAGGAGCCGGGAAGCGAUGGCGUGCCAAUUCCAUCAUCACCGCCACUGAGUAAGCCGAAUCAAGAAAUGAAGACAGAGCAGCCCACUAGCCAAGCACCACCAGAUUUGGAGCACUCGUCCAGGUAUACUCGAGAGAUCCAUGUGGGUCUUGACAGCGCUACAUGUGCGGUAGAGAUGCUGUCACAACAUGGAACAGGAGAAGCCCACGAUGAAAUGGCACCAGUUCUAGCAUCUGACCUGUUGCCAGAGGAGAGCAAGGAAACCGGGGAACACGAUGAGCCUGCCCUUAUUCCAGCCGAGAAUUUCGUCAACAGCGAUGAGUCAACCAAUUCUACUAGGGCUGAGGCGGACCACGAAGCGUGCCUUCAUUCUACUGAGCUUGCUCAAAAGCAUCAAAUUGACAGCAAGCCCUGGGACAACUAUGGUACGGUUUCAUUCGCCCCAUCAACAGUUCACUCCCCAACCAUGAUCGGCCAUCCAGCACCUGAAGUUCCACAAGAAUCCCCCAAACAAGCGAUGAGCCUUGAUUCGGCUGAAGUCAGUAACGCUGAUAAUUCCGCUGGGGUUCCCAGGUCCCAUUUGGACACAGAAGAAAACUCUAGCCUACGAGUCGUUCCUAUCAAAGAGCCUGAUGAAGCUAUGCACACAGGCACCCUCACAAGCUUUAAGGACCUGGAGUUGUUCAAGUCAACGGAACCUCAGCACGAUGUCACUGUGCGAGCAGCGACAGAUACCCCUGAUUCGAGAAAGAAAGCAUUAGAUGUUUCUCUCCUCGGUGCACAGACGGAGCUGUUCCACGAAGAUCUUAUCAGUAUCAGGCCAGGUGAUGAGAAUGCCAUACUUCCAGAGAAAGAACAGAAGAAGCAGCCGAAGCCGAAUGCAGAUACUACUCGUUUCGUACUAAGCGAUGUCAACAAAAACUGUUCAGUCUUGGAAGAUGCCCAAAGACCACAGGAAUUUCAAAAUCAGCCGAAGCUUGCUGAUGCAAUAUUGAACGAUCCUGAUGGAACCCAGCCAGGAACCGGGCUUCCAACCACUGACCAGGCUAAGGUUGAUAACAAAGCAGCACCAGUCAAGUCGGGUGAUAUCUUCCUGGGGCUAGAACCACCAUACGGGGUAAUGCCUAUGACAGCCGCAACCGAGAUCGGAAGUAAUUGUCACCCCGCUGUGCCUGACGAAUCAAACGUAUCAUCAAAGCAAGUUGAGGAAGUUACUCAGAUGGAAGACUCAACUACGCCGCAUUUUCAGAAUGACAAGAAUAUAAAGAUGGGCUACGCUUCCGAGACGUUAAUCACAGAAGAGAAAGCUUCCCCAGAGCUAGCAGUCCGGAAGCGCAUCGAGUUCCCCGGAGUUUCCGGCAGCAAAUCGACUCUGGAUGAUACAUAUUCUGAUGAUAGGGCCCAAGUAGUUAUGCCAAACCUCUCACUUGUGCCCGAGGCCUCGGGGGCCGACCAGGCACCGCGUCAGGCCAUACAAGGAAAACAGCACCUCGAAAUUCAACCCAGGGACGACCCUGUUGUUGACUCAAUGAUGGCCCAGAAGGAAGAAGCGAAUACCCCCCUUCAAGAUCUUGGGACUGGAAAACCCACUGUCAAAACUGCAAAAAGUUUACCGACAUCGACAGCUAGAUCCUCUGCUUUUGGCAAAGGCGGGCCGUCGCUGGUGCAGGUUGAGGCAAAUGCAUUUGCUGUGCCCUCACCAAGACAGCUCUUUGAACCUUCACCCGCUGCCACAGAAGAUCCGUUUGUAAAGUUAGCCCCAAAGAAAACGAGGCAGAAGCAAACAGAUCAUGGAUCUAUUGAGGCAGCAAGAGAAGGGAAUCAGGGUGUGCUGUCUACUCAAGCUAUUUCUGGCCAUCACGCCAACAAUCACCUUCUCUCAGAACCAAAUGCCCUGGCUUCCAAAGAGCUUGCGACAACGGAGGUGUUAGACGAUCCACGGCCAAUACUGGUCAAGACGGAAGAUGGGAAUAAAGAACAAACAGACAAGCAGCCACAGGACGGUGACGUAAUCCUUACCGAGCCUUUUCAGUCCCAAUUGGCAAUCGAAGGUCAGCCAGAUACAGCCGCUCAAGCUGCAUCAGGUCCUGGAACAAUUGAUAACGCUCCUGCUCCGACAAACGAUUGUUGCAUAACCCCAGAACCCCCUGUGGCAGCUCCCACCCUGCGACAUAUCCCGGCAACUACACUUGUCCAUGAGACAGUGGACGAAGAUACGGAGAUGACGCCAGCUUCUAAGAGUCAUUCCACUAGGGCUUGGUCGGAGGAGACAAAAUCGAGUGGAUAUGCACCCUCUAGAGGCAUGGCCUCCGAAGAGACAAGCAGUGCCUCUAAUGUGCCAUCAAAUUUGACAGCGACAGCGACAGAGCCGCCUAACAUCAAAUCUAUUGACAAGUUUUUGAAGAAAGGAAUGAAGAAAGCCCAGAAAGUAGGGUUGGGAGCGAGAUCUGCUGGACCAUCAGUCUCUUCGGAACAUGCACCUUCCAUUGAUCGAGAUGCCCAGUUCUCUUUUGCAAAUGAGGCCACACAGCUGAAAGAGACUGGCAGAUCAUCAUCACCACAAACCUUGGAUGCGAAAGAGCGGAAGAGGGUCUUGAGAAAAUCCGAGUCGACUUCCAUAUUUCCGAAAGGAUCUCCUGAUGCGAACCCACAAGCCUUAGAAGAACCUACGGAUCAGCUUGUACGCUCCCCAGAAGCUACAGCCGCCAUCUCGGACUUUCCGAAAUAUGAACCAGGCCUGCAUAAAUCCAGCAAGCCCAGUACAUCGACUUUUGCUGGAAUGAUUGCAGCCACCGCCGCAACGUUCAGCUCUGCCAUGUUUGGGGAUUGGACAGAGGGCGACAAGAAUAAAGGCGCAAGACAAGAAGAAAAGAAGCCCGAAAGCAGGGAUGAGGCACUGGAAGAAGGGAAUAAGGAAUCGCAGAAUGAUGGGAAAGCAGCAACAAGAGACUCAAAUGACACCAAGUUACAUGCGAAAGAUAUUGACAAAAGGGUACAGGCAGAAACCCCAGCGCACCGAGAAGUUCAGGAUGCGAGGAGGAAGAUACCAGAAAAAGACCUCGCUAGUGGUAGUGCUGACCACAAGGAAAGGCAUCAUGACAUUGCUACAGAUGCUAAAGACAAGAGCGGACCAGCAGAGAGAAAACCAAAAGCUUCGAAAAAGACAAACAAUGCCACAUCGUCUGUUCACGAGACGUUGUUCGAUGCGCCAGGAAAGAGUAGGCGCUCGGAGAGCUACGAGGGAACAUCGGAAGUUCUUGACACAUCAAAAGGUCCUUCAACAAACCCGAAGAAAGAGCACAAUUCAACUUCGCGGCAAUUAUGUGCUGAAACUUCAGACACGAUGGAAAGUCCGGUGCUUGGCAAAGGAGAAUUGGAGCGAUUGAGAAGCUCCCCUCAGCCUCUUCUUCGUCGUGGAUCUGACGUUGAGGAGCCCAAGAGUGGUCUGUUACGAGAGGAUAGCAAGAUAUUUGCACCACUGGUGGGAUCGGAAUCGGAUAUUAGUGAUCUACGCCGAUCGCCAAGCAGACUCUUAGAGCCAGUCCCAGAGGUUCCCGAGGCCGAAGUUGAGCCAGCCAAGGAUGCGUUUUCAACACCAAAAGCCAAACGCGACAGCGCUCCUGUUGGCGACGCAUCGAGCUUCCAGAGACGAAGUAGACGCUUGAGUGAAGAGGCACAUCGUGACAGCGGAUUCGGAGGGGAUUUAGCAACUCUGAGGCGAAGCAAACCUGCUAGUCAUGAGGCUUCACGCGACAGUGGAGUACAUACCGAAGACUGGGCUGAAAGGGAAAAUCAGAUACAGCCAGUUGCAGACCGCGCGGUGUUGCAAACUCCCGAUCCGCCGAGCGAGCGAAGACUUCGUCGAUCUCCGCGAGGUACGCCGGUGUUGCGAGAGCCUGCAGCACCUGGACCAACACCGGAGCCAGAAAAAAAGAAACAAUAUGGGGCUCUAACUCCAGCUGGCACGGCAGUCGCCGCCGUUGCAGCGGGUGCGGGCUUAGCGGCAGCCCUACGAGGACCUGAGCUUUCAACACCAAUUCCAAUUCCGACUACGAGUCCCAACCCGUUUUCACCGUCAGUUUCUGGUCAGAGAAGUGCUUCAGACAAUGCCACUCCUUCUCGUCGGUCAACACCUCGUCUCGAGGGUUCAGGGCGUCGAACUGUCUCUAACACCAGCCUCUCUCGUCGUCGGACCCCGGAGCCGCUUAGGUUGAGGCCUGAGAGCCCAGGCAUCAACCGCUCGUCAGGCACCUCCACACCGCCGCUCCGCCGUGUUGACAAGCGAAUGAGCAGUGAUUUGCGGGCUCUUCGUCAACAAAACACUACCACCGCCGCACCCGUCAGUUCCACGCCUGUCGCAAAUGAGGGUCGCGCCCGUGCCAAGGACAUGGCCGACGUCUAUGAUGGCUUUGGCGAGGGUCGCAUCGGCUCACCCCGAUCACCAACCCGACCACACAGCAUGCGCCGCCGACAAAGCAUGCAGGUCCUUGAACUCGAGAAUAAGGUCGAGCAGCUAAUGGCCGAGAACCGAAUGCUCACCGAUGCCCGCGCUAUGGCUGAGACGAACCUCAGUCAACGAGCCGCCAGCAGUUUAGCCGAUCGCGAUGCCGAAAUCGACAAUCUCAAGCAAUCAUUACAAUUUCUUCAGAACGAAGUCUCUAGACUUUCAGAAGUCAAUGACGGUCUUGCAAGCGCCAACGCCGAGCUUGCAAGCAAAGACAAUGGCCGUGUAACUGAUCUUGAGAGUCGCAAUGCCGCUGUCGCACGUGAGCUCGAGGAAGCUCGACGCGAAAAAGGCAACACUGAACAGUCUCUUGAGGCAAAGGACGCAGAAAUUGCCGAGCUUCGCGCCAAACUUGAUUCUGCUAAGGAGAAAAUUCGUGACCUUCAGCGCCAGAUUUUAGAAGCUAAGGCUGGCAACGAUCACUUUCUUAACAUCCGCGAUGAGGAUCAUUUUGACCAUCGUUGCCAACAACUUUGUUCCCAUGUUCAGCAAUGGGUGCUUCGGUUCUCUAAAUUCUCUGAUAUGCGCGCCUGCCGCUUAACAAGCGAGAUCAAUGAUGAGAAGACAAUUGAUCGACUCGAUAACGCCGUACUUGAUGGAUCCGAUGUCGACGUUUAUCUCCGGGACCGGGUAAAGAGACGCGAUAUCUUCAUGUCCAUGACCAUGAACAUGGUUUGGGAAUUUGUCUUCACUCGAUAUCUUUUUGGUAUGGACAGAGAGCAGCGACAGAAGCUCAAGUCACUGGAGAAGCUGCUGACCGAAGUCGGCCCCAUCGAAGCGGUACGCCAGUGGCGCGCCGUUACCUUGACUUUACUGGCGAAGCGCGAAAGUUUCAAGCGCCAACGUGAUUUGGACACAGAGGCCGUUGUUCAGGCCAUCCUCCAAACAUUGUGUAAGAUCCUUCCACCACCGUCGAACUUGGAAGAUCAAAUUCAAUCUCAGCUACGGCGUGUCAUGAGAGAGGCCGUUGGUCUCUCGAUCGAGAUGCGGACGCAAAAGGCUGAAUAUAUGAUGCUGCCGCCUUUGCGCCCUGAAUACGACGCGGACGGUGAACUUACCGCGACAGUUCAGUUCAACGCAUCAAUGAUGAACGAACGAAGCGGCAGCAUCACAACCUCAAAUGAAGACCUUGAGGCACAAGGUGCCAUCGUUCGGGUUGUGCUUUUCCCCCUUGUCGUCAAAAAGGGGGAUGAUAAUGGAAAAGGCGACGAAGAGAUAGUGGUAUGCCCUGCACAGGUUCUUGUGCCCCGCUCCAAGGGUCUGUUUGGUGGCGCAAGUGAUGGUGGAAGCACUUCCAUCGGCGCUCGGAGUCAUAUUAGUCUUGUGACUGAGACAAUGGGUCCAACUGAAGUAGAUUAUGUAGAUUAA